CUUUCAUAAAGCGGAGUUGACAUUAAUAUGCAAAUAAGUACAAUUACAAUGAGUUCGAUCCGAAUUGCAAUUACAUAACUUUCCAUAAUGAAUUAUUUGAUGCAUUUCAGAUAACGAUAAAUCAAGGGGAAGUAUGAUGAAAUCAACAGAUUUUGCAUCCGGUGGAAUAGUUCAUCAAGCACUCAAUAAAGACAACUAUGAAAGAUGGAGCUGUGUUAUACAAAACUAUCUGCAGGGGCAAGGUCUAUGGGACGAUGUCAUCCUGAAUGUUGACGCUAAUCAUCUUCUUACUGAUCAUGCUUCCUCUUCCAACAAGAUGCAGGCUGGAACUCGAAAUGUUUUCCGUAUCUUUAAACAAUCCGGGAAAAAUGAUAUCGAGCAAGGAUAUGAUUGUUAUGACGAGCAAAGUUUUUGGAGGGAAGUUGAUAUUGAAGCGGUAAGGAAAACAAAGAAUGCGAAAGCUUUGCAUAUGAUUCAACUAUCAUGUGGACGAGAGAUUGUGGAUGAAAUUAGUCAUUUCCCUACCGCCAAAGAAGCCUGGAAUCAUUUGAGAAUACUAUAUGGCAAAGAGAUAAAAGCCACUGCCCAUAUUGAACAAGCUGAUUUAGAGAGUAGCAUUGAUCAACUGCAUAAAGAUGUGUUCAGGCGUGUUGAGAGAGGUCAAGAUAUUCAAAACACUGAUAUUGGUGAAGAUGUAUUAUACAUGACCUCGACUUUAGGUAGGACACUUCUUCACGUUGCAGUGAUUGCUGGAAAUGUGAGGAACGUAGAAACGUUAGUGGCAAAAGGGAAAGACACAUUAUUAGAUAUGCAAGACAGAAAUGGUGACACGGCUCUAGCUCUGGUUGCUCGUUAUACUGGAAACACCUAUGUGGCAAAAUGCAUGGUCGAGACAAAUAAUUAUAAGGGUUUCCGUCACAAUUUGCUAGUGUUGCAGAACAAUGAAAAUGUUAUCCCUAUUCUUAUGGCUGCUGCUAAUGGACACAAACAACUCACUACCUAUCUUUACACUAGAACGGAUCUUUCUCAAGAUAACAAUUCACGUAUUUUGCUUCUUUCAUUAUGUAUCACUGCUGAAAUAUUUGAUGUCGCGUUAAGAUUGCUCGUCAGUUACCCGGAUCUCCCCAGGGAAUCGUUACCAUUAUCCAUCCCAAAGAUGCUUAGACAAUCCUUUCCUGAUAAAUUCUCUCCCUUAGUUGCAUUAUCCAAAAUGCCUUCGGCUUUCCCAAGUGGCACCCGAUUCGGUCGUCUAGAACAAUUCUUUUAUGAUAUUUUGAGUGUUGAAAGAGAAUUCAGAGGAAACUAUGAGAUUCCUGACAUUGCAAACUCCGUCCAAAGGGUAACACGUAUCGCAGUUGUUAAUGAGGAAAGAAAAAGAACACUAAAAAAAUCUUCCGUACGUUGGCUUUCGUGCAAAUGGUUGGUUUUGAUAUUUCUCGUUUGGCCCAUAAAGUAUUUGUGUGUGAUACUUCGGAUAAUAUUUGGUGGAAUUAUAUACUUGUUAGUUGGAAGUUUCAAAUGGCUAAAUAUGUUUGGAAUCAGAAAAAUAUAUGGCAAGAAAUAUAGUCAUUAUGAAGUUAUAGGUAUAUUGUGUUACUUCUCCCGAAGUGUGAAAGCUUUUAGUGCUUCACGGCUGGAAGAGGCAUCCGCAUACGAAAGCAUGUUGCAUGGAGCCCAAAAUGGAAUAAUUGAGUUCAUAAAUGCCAUGAGGGAGGCUAAUCCUCAUUUGCUUUCAGCCGUUGAUAGCUGCCAUAGAGGCAUAUUUUCGCAUGCAGUUUUGCAUCGUAAGCAAAAUGUGUUUCAACUCAUACACUGUCUCCCUGGAGGGAAGGAGUUAUUUAGAUAUAGUAUAGACAAGUUUGGCAAUAACUUGUUGCAUCUCGCUGCACAGUUAGGUCCUUCCUCUGAUCGCGAUACAAGACCCGGUGCUGCUCUGCAAAUGCAAAGAGAAAUUCAAUGGUUUAAGGCCGUGGAGAAAGUAGUGCAUCCCAAGUUUAAAGAAGCCAAAAAUGGUGACGGCAAGAAGCCUUACGAAAUAUUAGCAGAAAGCCACGAAGAGCUAGUGAAAGACGGAGAGAAAUGGGCAAAAGAGACAGCUACAUCGUUCACAAUUGUAGGCACUCUCAUCACUACCAUCAUGUUCGCCGCAGCAUUUACCGUUCCAGGCGGAAACAAUGGUAACGGUUUGCCCAACUUCUUGCACGACAAAAGGUUCAUUACGUUUCUCAUAGCAGACGCAUUCUCUCUCUUCACGUCAACCACUUCGGUGUUGAUUUUCAUUGGGAUUCUUACCUCCCGUUAUGCUGAAAGAGAUUUUCUCAGGACCUUGCCCGGGAAGUUAUGGUUUGGUCUUUUGUUCCUUGUGCUCUCUGUUUGUUCCAUGAUAGUUGCAUUUUGUGCUGCUAUUGAUAUGAUCUUAAAGGGAUAUAAAAUCACUAGGUGGUUAAUUAUUGUACCAACCAUGUCACUUGGGAGUCUUCCAAUUACCUUUCUUGUACUAUCGCAGCUGCCCCUCAUGUAUCAAAUAUUUCACUUUACAAGGAAGAAUCCCAUCAGCAGAAUCAAAAACUGACCACAAUGUAUGUGCUUGAAAAUCCUCAAAAAUUUAUUUACUCUUGACAAC